UGUUAGCUUAUUUUAUUUACGUGCUUACGUUUUAAAAUCAUUACAUAGUAAUAAUAUUACAGUAAUCACAGUGUUAUUGAACACAUGACAAAUUAAUAUAAUUUUAAACACACGAAAAAGUACCUAACAAAAAAAUUGAGUAUUCUUAUAAUAGUCUUGCCAAAAUGAGUAGUGCCUUAGAAUCGAACCAAACUAUUAAUUCUUCAAUGGAUAUAUCACAAUGCGAUAGUAAUGAAAGUAUGGAAACAAUCAAAACAAAACAAUACCUAAGAAAUUUAUUAAAGGCACGAAUAUUUCUUGGACGAUAUCUGGAAAGAAGACUUAUCGAUGAACGCAUUGGGUAUCGCGAUAUUGUUCUUCUUAGUACUGCUGAAGUUGAAUUGAAGAACGACUUAACAGAGGCCCUUCGCAAGCUCCGUACUUUGUGUCCUAAAAUUCAUUGGAUCGGCAUUACUGACUCACAUGUUGUUGGAUGUGGUUCAUCAGGCAUUUGUAUUUGGACUGAGAUAGAUAAUCAACCACUGGGUCCUUUUUGGUUUCAGAUAAAGAACUUAAAAUUCAAAGAGCUUGAGAUUAUCAUAACAUUAAAGUGCUUGCGACACAUUUCCGAUUCAUUCUUAGAAUUGGAGCCAAUAUUGAUUGGCAAAUCUAACAAAACAAUAGAGAGAUUAGAUAAUAAAAUAGAAAACAGUGUAGAAGUAUUAAAUGAAACAUAUACAGAAGUUGUUGGUACCCUGAAGAAUGCAUUGUCAAUUCGAAAUGCCAAAGAAUUUUUUACAUUUUUAUUAGUAUUUGUUAUUGCAAUAGUCACCGGCAGUGUUUCUUUUGUAAAUUUUAUAGGAAAUUUCAUUCUUGCUCUGAUGAGGGAGUUAUCCAUGUUAAUAAAAAACUCUACACCUAUGUUUUUGGGGCUUUUAGAUUUUUUUAGUAAAAUAGUAGGUGGAUUUUAUAUAUUGCUUGCAAUGUUAUUCAAACAGAAUGCUCCUGCACCUAUGGACAAGAGAAGUUUAGCACAUUAUGAUAACUAUGCUCAAAAUAAACAUUACAAUCGUCAAUUUGAUUAAUUUUAAUUCUUUGAAAAAGCAAUUUAAAAGGUUGUCUAAAUAUAUUGAGCGCAAUUUAUAUUGUUAAAUAAACCACAGAUUGAAUAUAAAAGCAUAGAUCUCAUUUUAGGAAUCUUAAAUUAUAUCAAAAUUUAAGGGAAAAAAUCAUAAUUUAUGAUUUAGCCACUAAACAAUAUUUUAAUGCUAUUGCUAUUG